CAUUUGCACAAUAGAACACGCAUUCCAUGGUGAACAUGGAGUUUCUAGCAGACUAUGGCGAAGACGCUGAGAAUUCCAGCAACAGUCUAACUGAGAAGAAAGGAGAGACAUCAAACAUGACUUGCGAUCAAGACUCCUUGUUUGGCUGUGGCAUCAUCCUGAAAAAGAAGUGGAGUCGUAAAAACAACUCAAUCCAGUCUGCAGGCAGAAUGGGACUCCUUUGAGAAAAUGAUUGGAGGGGGGAAUAGUCAGGACACUGUUUCUGCCCUUGGAGCGACAGCUGUGGACCCAGCCAGUUUUCUCCAGAGUGGUGUCAUUGCCUACCCAGGGGUUGGCAAACCAAGGACAAGGAGCUUCACUGAGAGCAGUGGUGAUGAACCAAAAUCAGCUGAUUUAAAGUUGCACUCAGAUACAGCAAACAAGAUAACAUUCUCCUUUGAAGAGGUCCCGGAAAUGGGUUUGCCGUCAGAGGUUGUGCGAGCCUCUAGAUCCAGAUCUAGGUCAUCAUCAGCAUCUUCAAGGUCUUCAAGUGCAACUUCCAGGUCAUCAUCUGCCUCUUCAGUGGAUAGGAAGAAAGAUGAAACAAAGGUCACACCAGCUCCAGCAGAGCCAUCCAGGUCAUCAACAAGUCCUAAAAAGAGAAGUUCAAGGUCAAAAUCAAGGUCACCAUCUUCCGGGAGAAAGAGAAAAUCACAUUCAAGGUCGAGAUCAAGGUCGAGAUCAAGGUCAAGAUCUAAAGGAAGGAAACCCAGAUCUCGCCAUUCUCCUGGAAGAAAGGAUCGAAGCUCAUCUAAAUCCAGGAGGCGUAGACAUGGACGUUCAAAAUCACAUGAUCGUCACAGACGACAUCGUAGACAUGGUUCUAAAGAACGAAGGAGUCUCAGCAGGGACAAAAGCAGGCGUAGAAAAAGGAGGAGGAGCCAUAGCAGAGACAGGAAGAAGAGAAGCAGUCACCAUCGUAGAGGUAGCCACAGUCGGUCAAGAGGCAGGCGCAGGAGAAGUAAAGGACGCAAGUCUCGCAGUCGGAGUCGCAGCAGAGACAGACAUCAUCAUAGCAGAAGUAGAGACCGACAUAAUCGUAGUCGAAGUGAUAGUAGGGAUCGACACAAACGAAGUCGGAGUCACAGUAGAGAACGACCAGCAAGGUCAGGAGAACUUGCAUCAACUAUCAGCAGCAGUAGUAGUGGGUAUGGCCACAAAGAUAAACCAAUGACUUUCAAAGAGCAAAUGAGACAACAACUUCUCAAAGCUAGCAAGAUAUUGAAAAAUGGAGAUGCCAAGGAUAAUGAAUUACCAGAAAUUACAAUGGAGAAGCCAGGUCCUAUGAAUCAAACAAACAUCCUGAAGGCAAUGGCUGCAUCUGUCAACUCGGCUACAGCAUCCGGUGUAACUCCACAGAUGGCUUUGUUACAGACUAUGGCUGCCAUGCACCAAAAGGCUCAAGAGUUGACUGGUGUGACUGUUCCCAAGUAUUACAAUCCUGCAGCAGUGAACCCAUUGAAGUAUGCAGAACAGGUUCAGAAAAGGAAACUUCUCUGGGCGAAAAACAAGGAUUCAAAAGAUUGUAAAGAGGAGGCAGCAAUAACACCAACAGAAGGGGAGAUACCAGCCACAUCAGCUCACAAGGGCAAUGAAUGGCAGAAAACAUCCUUUGCAGCUGACCAGGAUGGUAAAAUGGCUGCAAAAUUCAGAAAGCUCAUGGGAAUGAAAGAAGGAGAUAGUGAUGAGGGCACAUCAGCCGAUUUAUCUGAGGAACAACAGAGGAAACAGCAAGAACUUUUCUCUAGAUUAGACAAAGAAUAUGAAUUUGCUCGUAUGUCGACACAUACACAUCGAGGUGUUGGACUAGGGUUUGCUUCACAACUAAACCCAAAUUCUGGUGGCCCAUAGCUAUAUAGUGGUAUGGUGAAGGACAUUUGCAAGUGAUGGUGAAUGUUUAUGGUAUGUGCGAGAAAUAAAAUGAGUGUGUUUGUGAGAUAUAUCUGCUUUAAUGUGCCAAGUAUGUUUUUUGUUUACCUGCAUUCCGAGAGUUAUUUAUAAAUGUGAACAAGAAUUUUUAAGAUGAUCAUUAUUCAUGAAAAAAUGAUUUGGUGAUUGAGAGUAAGAAUGAGCAGGUAUUUUGAUUAUCCACUUAUAAAUUCGAAGAAAAUGCUGAGGAGUGCUUUUAUGUGCAUGGUUAGGUUAUUUCCAUUAUUCAGAUGCUAGAAAGUGCUGUAGACAUUUUUUAUGUAAAAAUCUUUCGCCUCUAAAUCUGUUUUCUGUGUAAACAUAACUUGCCAUUUGGACCUCCUAUCUGAACUGUUUUAAGUUUCUGCAUGCGAUUGAUGUCACUUGGUUUUACAUGGAAUUUAACCUUCAAGUGUUAAAAUCUAAAUCAUAACGUUCAACUAGCAUCACACUUAUUUUUGAUGGUAAUAAAACUACAUGUAUGUCUCCUAAUGGUCAUAUUAACACAAAAAGGAGCUUUGAAUGUCAUAAAUGAUAGAAUUGGCUCCAUGUACCGAGAGUGUCCCAAAUCUGAACUAUAAAAGUGUGCCUAGCUACAAUAUAAUUCUACUUGAAUACCAUUCGGCGCGGUGCAUCAGUAACUUUUUGUCGUGACGUGGUAUUUUCUGCUGGUUAAGUUUUAAAUGGAUUGGCUAAGCGUCGGUUACACUGCUAGAGGUACCUAGUAGAAUUUUUAACUUGCACUGUUUAAAAAUAUUACUAUCUAAAUAUAAAGCUGCAGAGAAUUGUUUGUCUAUCUGUAAAUACCAUAAAAUAUUAAGUACUGAACUAGUGAUGUAGAGUAAGAUAACAAUACUGCAAUUGGUGUCCAGAUGCUACACAUGAUGAAAGUUUGACCUUGCAGAAAUAUAUUGUAAACAGAAACAUGUAUUAAAAUACACAUUUCCACCAUCUUCUGUGUGAUGUCAUCAUUUGCUGCAUGCAAAAACCAAAAUUGGACCAGACAUGAUCUGAUUUUGAAAUUGUUAUAGUUUAAUAACGUGGUACUAAGUGGAUGUUAUUUUAAAAUGUAAUCUGUCAAAAUAUGAAAGACAAUUGAAAAACAUAAAUUCUGAAGGUAAUUCCAUUUUCACAAUUUGUACAUCAUUCAUUUCCAGUUGUUCAAGUACAUAUUCUUCAUGUACUUCGAUUUUUAUGAAGUUAUAAAUAGAUUUUGUGUUUUUCAUUUAAGUGUGAUGUUCAUGUCUACAUAUUUCUUUUGUGUAUUGUAAAUGAUCAUGAUUUUCAACUAACAUUUUGAAUGUAACUCGUAAUGAUUGUUUACUAAUACUUGUAGAGUAUUUGUUUAAGACUAAAACUGAUGUUUGUCCUUCAUUGGACAGCUUGAGUAUAUGCAAUCAGAAAUAAUAAACUAUUAGUUGAUUAUAAA